AAAGUCUAAUACGGGAUGAAAAGACAUGGUCUUGGUUUCCCGGGGACGUUUCAGAGAGACGUACUUGCCCCUCCCUUUCCGGUCGGCCCGGCCCGGUCUUCUCCGGCAACCACGUGGGUUUGCGCUGGACUUUUCCUCGGAGCUGAAGCGGUUGUUGGUGUUUCCCUCAUCUGGGCUGCCGAGGUCCUGCAGGGCCGUGAGGACGUCACCAUGCCUAAAGCCCUAAAGGGAAAACUUGUAGGACGGGAAAAAAAAGUCAUCCAUCCAUAUAGUAGAAAAGCAGCUCAAAUUACAAGAGAGGCCCACAAACAAGAAAAAAAGGAAAAAUUGAAGAAUGAAAAGGCAUUGCGUCUCAACCUUAUUGGUGAAAAACUGCAGUGGUUUCAAAGUCACCUUGAUCCCCAAAAAGUAGGAUAUUCAAAGAGAGAUGCUUGUGAAUUAACUGAAAGGUAUUUAAAUCGAUUCAGCAGUGAACUAGAGCAGAUUGAAUUACAUAACAGCAUCAGAGACAGGCAGGGAAGGCGGCACUAUUCCCGGGAGACAGUCAUCAAGCAGACAAUGGAGCGUGAGCGACAACAGUAUGAAGGAUAUGGCCUUGAGAUUCCAGACAUUGUAAAUGCAGGUAAUCUGAGAACUUUUAGUGCCUUGCUCAGUAGGUAUUUCAAAGAUGAAUAAAGCUUUUGAAUUUCUAAGUUGGAUUGCUUCGCCUCAGUCUUUUCAAUAUAACCGGAGGUACCAGCCUUUCUUCACUUGUCCACGAAGCUGUGCUUUCAUGAAUGGAUGAUCUGAAGAAGACUCCACUCUUGCCCCACCAAUCCUUCCUGAAAUAGUGACCAGAACCAAGAAUAUACCUGAAAACCUGGGCCAGGAGUGACGAGCCAUUUUCUGUGCCACUUCUGGAAGACAGUUUGAUACUUCCACUUUCUUUCACAAGGUUCUCCAAGUCGAUUUCUUCUCCUCCAAUCAUUCUUCCUUCAUAUGUCUGGGAAGUCAAGGCCCUCCAUAUAUUCCCUGACAAAGUUUAUAGAGUACAGAGUAUCUCCCUGCUCCACAUCAGAAGCCCUUUGGGUGCAAACCCAUUGUUCACAUGACCAUCUUCUCUCGGAGACAGCCUGAUCUUUCUCUUUGCCUUUGACUAAGUGGGCAAGAUUUUUAUUUUCUAUAAAGAUAUUAUUGAGCAGUUGUAUGAUUUUACCUUGGAAAACUCACUGUAAGGAUGUCGUGAGAAGAGAUGCUAACACAUGGGGCUAAGUGGAUUUCUGAGAAUGUUUCCAUUGGUAAGCUAUGUUUACCUCCUUAUUAUUGAGACUCAGAAAAUUGUCUUCAUAUUCAACCUUGUUGGACUAGUUCUAUGCUAUCUUCUGUAAAGAAGAAAGAAUGUCCACAAUAAGGAAGGGUGGUAGAAAAGAGAAGGCACAAAAUCUUGUUCCUUGUGGGCCCUUUGUGUAAACAAGGAAUUCUUUGUCCUCACUGAAGCUGGAACCUGAACUUGGAAAUGCCAAGAGCACAAAGUUGUUUCUACUGGCCCAGUUUGGAAGAGGAAUUUGGAUAAUCCAACUUGAGGCAAUUCUCCCACCUGUUCAUUUCUCUGAAGCCCAAGGAUUGUAUGUACUUCUUCCUUUGUGCUUGGGAUCUUUCUUCAGGAGUUUCUGUAGGUUUAGGAAUAAACUGUCUGCAUCCCUUCUUCCUAAACACUAAUGGGACACGCUGGUUAGAAAUUCUUGGGCAGCAAUUGAAGGAGUUUGGAGGAGCAGGUAUUCUGUCCACAAGCAUUUUCUUUUUUUUUAA